AUGUGUAAAAAGUGUGUCCAAAGUCGCUUUCUACAUUUUACUGUAUUUUAAAUCUUGUUAGCUGCUCUUAUAUUGCGCUUCCGGCACCCAUCCUUUACCUACCUACUUUCCCGCUUUUCUUUUGUCAAAAAUGAGGACUGCUUUCAUUAUCCUUUCCUGCUCCCUCGCCGCCGUCAGUGCCAUCGGAUUCGGUGGUGGUGGCUUCAGUGGAGGCGGUUUUGGCGGUGGUGGUUUCGGUGGUGGUUUCAGCAGCGGAUUCGGCGCCGGCGGUGUGGGCGGAUUGGGAUUUCAGGGGAUUGGUGCCGGCUCCCGACAGUUGAGCGGCUCUAGUGGAUCGGGCUAUGGAUCCAGCAGCAGCAACAGCAACUCUAACUCGGGCUACGGCAGCAACAGCGGCAGCAGCAGCGACUAUGGCGGUAUUGGCUCCGGUAUUGGUAACAGUGGUACUUUCGGUGCUGGUUUAUUCGAUGGACUGUUAGAUAUCGGCAACUUCUGGGGACCUGACUUUUGGGGAGCUGACGGAUUCUGGGGAGUCAGCAGCGAUUAUUCAGAUUAUGAUGACUCUAGCAGCAACUACGGUGGCUCGUCUGGAUCUUAUGGAAGCGGCUCCAGUUCCAGCUCGUCCGGCUCAGGCUAUGGUCGACGAUAAACCACUGAUGUUCAAUUUGCAAACGCUCUUUUUACUUUUGUGUUCUUUGUAUCCUCGCAGUAUUUGUAAUUUUCGCGGUCUAAUAAUUAUUGUACGAUUUAUUACAGUGUCGGUAAUUUCACCGUUACUGCUUCUCGAUAAUUUAUUGGAAAUGGAGAACAAAAUGUACAUUAAAAGCAUGGGCAGCUAAAUUAAUAACGACGAUUCGUCUGCUGGAGCUGGAAGCAAAUUAAUUCAAGCAAUAAUGG